AUGGCUUCUCAACAAGUCGCACCACAAGCGGGCUUUCAGCUGCCGCCGAGCUCGCUACACUCCACCCCGCCCGCCCACUCACUCAGCCGCUUCGCCUUGCCGUUCGCUCCGCUCGGCCAAUCGCCGUGCUCCCGCUCCCGUCGGCGCCAACGGGCGGCUCCUUCCGCGGUGCACCAGUCGCACAACCGCGUGUCGCGCAUCGACGAGAGCGCGCAGAAGUGGGGCGGUGUUCUACGCCUCGGAGACGGGAAGAGCAGCAGCGGCGGGGAGUUCUCUGCGUGGUCUCCCGUAAAGGUCCCUCCCCGCGUAGCCGCGCCUCCGCCUCGCGCGCAACCGACGAAGGCGCAAAGGCAGCGCUCCGCCAAGGCGCGCGCGAGCAGCGGAAGCGACGCUGUUUUGCGCGGAGAGCCCUCCGCAAUCGCUGUCGCCGUGCCGGUACCGAAUGGGCUGUCCGUCGGGCUUGGCGACUCCGUCCGCGAGGCGAGCGGAGCUCCGCGUUCCGCGGCACUCGACGCAAAGAGCAUGGCGGAAGCUUUGGAGAUUUCCCCCCUGACAGCCGCCGCGAUGGUCGCGGCGAUUGGCGCUUGCGCCGUCUCCGCGCCGUUCGCGCUCGGGUUUCUCUCCCCCGACGCGCCGCUGCAGACGAACAUGCUAGCGUACAUCACGGCGAUGAUCGGGCUCUACAUGGCGUGGAACAUCGGCGCGAAUGACGUGUCAAACGCGAUGGGCACGUCCGUCGGGUCGGGCGCGCUGUCGAUGCGGACCGCGGUGCUCGUGGCCGGCGUGCUGGAAUUCGGCGGCGCGAUGCUCGUGGGGGGGCACGUGAGCGACACGAUGCAGACGGGGAUCAUUGACCCGGGGCUUUUCGUGAACGACCAGCCGCUGCUGUUCACGGGGAUGGUUUCUUCGCUCGCCGCCGCCGGCACGUGGCUACAGAUCGCGACGCAUUUCGGUUGGCCCGUGUCGACAACGCACUGCAUCGUUGGCGCGAUGGUGGGGUUCGGUUUCAUCUACGGCGGCGCGGACGCGGUUUGCUGGGACUCGCUGUCCCACGUGGCAUCCUCCUGGGUGCUCUCGCCUGUGCUGGGAGCUACUGUAGCGUACAGUAUCUACACCGCAAUUCAGAAAUUCGUUUACGAAUCAGAGUCGCCCGCGCACGCCGCUUCCAGCGCCGCGCCGUACCUCGUGGGUUUGGGCGUGUUCGCGUUUUCGUUAUCCUCGUUAUACACUGGAGACGCCGCGUUUGCGCCAGCAGCGUUGGAGUCCCUUGCAGCGGGUACAGUGGCCGCGGGUGUAGCAUCUCUCUUUAUGGAAAAACAGGUCGGCAGCCAAUUAAAGGAGCUAAGGAAGUCGUUUAGCUUGCUUGACGGAAGACGAACGUCAAGGGCAGCAGCAGGAGCAGGAGGGGGAGGAGCAGGCAGGAAGGAACCCAAGGGGGAGCAACAACGAACAGUGUACUCUAUUUUUGGGUAUCUCCAGGUUCUAUCCGCGUGCUUCAUGUCGUUCGCUCAUGGCUCGAACGACGUCGCCAACGCAAUCGGCCCCAUCGCCGCUGCGCUCAACAUUCUCUCCGCUUCCGCCGUUGCCGCUACCUCCCCCGAUGCUGCGGAUGCUGCUGUUGCCGCGGCCGCUGCCGCGCCUACCUCGCACAUCCUCAUGUGGGGUGGUUUCGGCAUCGUCGCAGGGCUUCUCGUGUGUGGUUACCAGGUGAUUUCGACUAUUGGCGGGAAAAUCACCGAAAUCACCCCCACUCGCGGAUUCGCAGCCGAGUUCGCAGCAGCUUCGGUAGUGGUGCUGGCAUCGCGACUAGGGUUACCGGUCUCGGCGACGCACACACUGGUGGGAGCGGUUAUGGGGGUGGGUCUGGCGCAAGGGGGAAGCGGGGGAGUGCGCGGGGAGGUUCUGGCGGAGAUUGCUGCGUCGUGGGCGAUCACCAUCCCCGCUGGUGCAGCUCUCGCUGUUAUGUACUCCGCUGCUCUGUCACAGAUCGUGCCAGCUUUCUUUUGA